UUCUUGGCCGGCUCGCCACAGAUUCAUCCAAUUUGUAUGAUCCUGGAUGCUUGCCAGCAGCCUGCCGCUGGGGCAUUGGAAUUACGGCCUGGUGUAGUGAUCCUGGAUGCUUGCCAGCAGCCUGCCCCUGGGGCAUUGGAAUUACAGCCUGGUAUGCUUCCCGCCUCCGGUUACCAGUUAGUUGUAAGUCAAACAAAAUUAUCAGAACCAGCUCCUCGAACGGACAGUACGGUGUCGGAUAUAAACGGCCACUGGGAAAAGAUAUCCAAAGCGCUACUCAAAGCUGAAACGUCUGUUUGCGGUACAAACCAACUAACUUCAUCCAAGUAUUGGAUCCCUGAUAGAACCGUGUCUUUGCUGGAGACUCGGUGGCAGGUUCCUCCUGGCCGCCACCACGACUCCACCCGACGCACCAUCCGACGCCAGGUGAAACUGAGUGUCCGCACAGACCGAGAUGCUUGGUGGACCCCAAAGGCAGAAGAAAUGGAAGUUGCAAAGAAUUCUGGAAACGUUCAACGUUUGGGACGCUGGGCACAGUACUUUGAACAGCAACUCAGCUGGCCACCUGCUACCUCCAAUCCAGAAUCCUGGCCUUCAACAGAGAGGCGGACCGUGAAUAUGGAGCCACCUUCAGCCUCAAAACUGUCCGAGUAUAUUUCUCUACAUAAGCGUCAUCGUGCUGCUGGUCCUGACGACCUUCCACAUGCAUUUUUCAAGAAUGGCAGUGGAUCCCUCAGCCAGUGCUUGUCUAGCCUAUUUGGGUCUAUCUGGGAGAAGGAGACCGCCCCAGAUAACUGGGGUGAAUCGAUAGUGGUGCCCAUUUUCAAAAAGGUGGUUCCGAAUAGUCGCAUAGCAAUCUGCUGUUCACAGCAACCCAAUCCAACAGCAUAUUUAAUUUUAGAUCCCAGAAUCUAUAAAAUCCCAACAAUGACGACCGAGGAUUGUGGUGAUCGUGUUAACAGUUAUGUCAAAUUGAACGUUGGUGGCACUUUGUUCUACACGACAAUCGGCACUUUGCUACGCGGCAACACAAUGCUAAACGCUAUGUUUAGCGGCAGAAUGGAGGUGAAAACGGACGAUGAAGGUUGGGUACUCAUUGACAGAAGUGGCAAGCAUUUUGGCACCAUACUGAACUACAUGCGCGAUGGAAGUGUACCACUACCGGAGACCCGUCGUGAUAUGGAAGAGCUUCUUGCUGAGGCCAGGUACUUUUGCGUGGAUGGUCUACGGCAAGCCUGUGAAGACGCACUUGCUCGCAUGGUAGCUGAUGAAGACAUCCAAAACCGUGCCACAAUAGUUAUUGUGAAGUGUCCGAAUGCGGCGAAGUCUCUGCUUUCAUCGACCAAAAAGCCGGUUGUAAAAUUAACAAUGAACCGAUACAACAAUGUUUUCUCCUACACCAGUAACUCACACGACAAUCUGUUGCGUAAUAUCGAGUGUCUGGAGAAAUACGCCUUGAUGUUCCCUGACAAGGUGCUGUUCGUCAAAGAUGUACGCGACAAGAGCGAGCAGAAUGAAAUUUGCGAAUGGAGUUACUAUUAUCGGGGACAUCGGUUGAAAAGCAUUGAUUGUAUCGCAAUCCAUUACUCAUCAGAGAAACGUUUGAUCAAGGUCGAGUUUCCUGAAUCGCGAAUACACGAAGAAAUGCUUUCACUACUCUCGGUCGAUAUCCGAGGUCUGAGUGAUGCGGAGCUCAGAGAUAUUGCAAUGAGAAAAGCCAAUUGCGGGUCAGGCAGUGCCACCGCCCCGUUUGUGGGGAAUCCUGUCAACGUACUGCCUUCGAUUGUAUCUGAACAAGAUGAACCGGAUUUGGACCAGACUUCCACUACAACAGUUUCUGGCAGUGUGCAAAGCCAUUCUACCGUACCACCAGCCCGUCCAGUGUUGAUGAGUACCAAUCACCUGGACACGAUUGUGGGUGGAUCUGGUAGCCCAAGCACACGUGCGCCGUUCGCCACAUCAGUCCGCCUUGGACGGCGUUGAAUGUUUGGAGUCCACUCCCGCUAGGCUUCUGUGUCAGACGUUGCCAUGCUCUUCUUUGACUCUCAUGGCCUCCUUGUUUGGACAAGCCCACGACACCAGCAUCUAUUCCGUCCAAGCGUCCCCCACCCAUCCAACUGCAUUUUUGAUUUUUUUCUUUAGGCUCCGUUCUUGCCACGUGACAAUACGGGUUUAUCGAUGAAGGCCUGCUAGUGUCCGUGUUUUCCCGUUAUCACUAUUACAACUACUACUAUUGCUUCGCACACCCUGGGUUCGAUUUGAUUUUACUGCUUUUAUCUGAGUUCAUUUUGUUUGUUUGAUAAGAGCUGUGAUAACCCGAUUUACUGUACCCCUCAUCUGAUAGACACGUGAUCAUGCCGCUGAAUAAAUAUUUACCCGUUCUGAUCGGCUGUACGAG